AUGCUCUCGGCCGCCAGGCGGGCUCGCCAACUCUUCCACAGCCUGACUGCCGUCCCGAGAAUGGGCGACUCCGCUUCUAAGAUGAUCAGCCCCCAGGAGGCCUUGCCGGGCCGGAAGGAACCGAUCGCCGCGGCGGCCAAACAUCAUGUCAAUGGCAACAGAACAGUUGAACCUUUCCCAGAGGGAACACAGAUGGCUGUAUUUGGAAUGGGCUGUUUCUGGGGAGCAGAGAGGAAAUUUUGGACCCUGAAAGGAGUAUAUUCAACUCAAGUUGGCUAUGCAGGAGGCUACACUUCCAAUCCGACUUACCAAGAAGUCUGCUCAGGAAAAACUGGGCAUGCCGAAGUAGUCCGGGUGGUGUACCAGCCAGAGCGCAUCAGCUUUGAGGAGCUGCUCAAGGUCUUCUGGGAGAAUCAUGACCCGACCCAAGGCAUGCGCCAAGGCAAUGACCACGGCUCUCAGUACCGCUCAGCCAUCUAUCCGACCUCCGCCACGCACAUGGAGGCGGCCCUGCGAUCCAAAGAGGACUACCAGAAGGUCCUGUCAGAGAAUGGCUACGGCCCGAUCACAACGGACAUCCGGGAGGGACAGACGUUCUACUACGCCGAGGAUUACCACCAGCAGUACCUGAGCAAGAACCCCGACGGCUACUGCGGCCUGGGGGGCACCGGGGUGUCCUGCCCGCUGGGCAUUAAAAAGUAA